CACGGGAGGGCGGCGGGGAAUCUCGAGCACGGCUCUGCCCCCGGGGUGCCCCGGCUGGGGCUGGUCACGGCUCGCGAGCGCGUGUGGCGGGGCCCGGGCCGUGCCCGGUGCGCGGGGGCAGAGCCCCGGCCCGGCGUCCCUGGCGGUGAAGCGCGGCAGGCGGGAGGGGUAACGCGGUACCCAAACCUGGCUGAAAAUGGGUCUGCUGCUCCGGGUGCCAGUAGGACUCCUUCUUAGAAAGCGUGCAUAUCUUCGUUAAGUGUACUUAGAUAUUUUUUUAUUGAGGCUUAUUGUUCUAUUUUUUCUUUUUUUUUGGGUUUUCCCCUGUACUUAUUCACUGAUGUCUGAAAUCUGAGGGAAGACUUCAUCCUGAUUCAUUCUGCAUUAAUUUAUCUUAGCAUGAGGCUGGGAAGCAAUGCACUAACCAACCUCAACAAGUGAUUGCUUAAUUUAAAAAAAAAGUAAAAUCACAGUUUAUCACUUAUUCAUUGCCUAUCCAUGGUCCUGUUUGUAAUUUACAGUGUCUUAUGUUUGAUUAAUUGGGGUUUUUUUUAUGUUCUUUUAAAGUGCAGUGAAGACUUCUUGCAGUUUGUUUUUUGUUUCUUUCUAGCUUCAUGCUUAAGUGAUUUCCUUUAAAUGCUUUGUCAUAGUUCUGUGAGACAUGUUUUUCAAGCUAGUACUCGUUUCCACAGGCUAAUACUGCAACAGGUGCCAUUGGGUAGUUACACCAAAAAAGGAUAAAAGCUCCUUGAGUCAGACACUGUAGGUGUAACAGGACAGGUAUGUUAGUCUGGGUCAGUGACUGAGCCCAGGGCUGCAUCUCCCACAAGUGCAUGAUUGUCACUUUAGCCCUUGUCCUUACAGGUCCUUCCAUUGGAGCAGAGAGGAUGGAAGUAGGUAGAAACAAAUAACAAUCUUAGGUAGAAACAAAUAACAAUCAUUUUAUCAUCAAAAUGCAGUCCCAUAAAGCUGGCUUUAGAGCUUCUGCACUCAGAUUUUAAAUGUGGCUUCACAACCGGCUUGGCUCUCUCAGGGCUGUUCUUUGGGUAACUUUGAUGGGCUCUCUGCAAGCCAGGGUGCUGUGCUAGCAGAGGCACUGUGUGUGACAGGGGACAGCACAGCUCAGGAAGCUAAAACUGGUAAGGACAGCUUGGUCUGGGCAAGGUUGUCUUGAGGAGGAUUUAUAAGGUUUGGAGUCUUGCAGGUAAGAGCUGAGAAGGAUGGGGGUGAGCCAUAUAAAAUCAUUCAUACAGUGGAGUAGGGCUGCAAAAGACAAGAAGCAGCCACUCAUGUUGUUGAGAUUACAUACAUUUAUGGAUGAAAGUGCAUGUAUUUUGGAUGUCAGUAAUUUGUUGAACUUGUCGAUAGUGUAAAUAAAUAGGUUUGAAUUUUGUAAAUAAAUAAGUUUAUUUACAAACCUUUUGAACUGUGAGUAUGUUUGUGCUGUUGCUUUGAGACUGCUUUUGCUCAAUGUACAGAAAACAUCAAUAACUGCAGUAUUUUGGAGUUGUGCCUCAAGAUACAACGGUAUGGAAAUGUGGCAAUCAGAUGAUCAGUGAAAAGGGGUGUAUUUGUAGACAAAGUGAGUAGGUGCUGUUUGGUACAAUUUCAUUUUUACUUGACUGUUUUGAAAUGUGCUAACCUCAGGCCUUAUGUAAUCACAUUUUCUAUAAGUAGUCACCGUAUUUCUUAACAAGCAUUGGAACUCCUGAGUUCAGUCAAAGAGUUAAUGAAAGCAAUAAUUAUGUAACAGUUUUUUUAAAACAUUUUUUACACUGAGAAAAAUCUCAACUAAGUAACACAGCAGCAGCCUUAAAAGUUAUUUUGCUGACCUGUACCAAAAUCAUGUAGGUUCCAGUUACAGGCCUCUAAAUAACUGGAAAUGCUGGCUAAUACUAGUUUGUUUUGUCUUUCAGGCUUUAGAAAGGAUGCGUCCUUACCUGUGUGAUAAGAUCAUAGCCGAGAGACACUUUGAUUACCUGCGUUCUAAGAAAAUACUCACUAGGGAGGACACAGAAGAAAUUUCAGCUCGAUCUUCCAGUAGGAAAAAAACUGGGAAGUUACUGGACUACUUAGCAGAAAAUCCAAAGGGACUAGAUACUUUGAUUGAAUCUAUCAGACGAGAAAGAACACAAAACUUCCUGUUACAAAAGAUAACUGAUGUAGUGUUGAAAGUCAAAAAUGAAAAGCUUGAAGCUCUUAAAGGUUUAAGCUGCAGCACCUGUAUGACCUCACUGUAUGGAGGAACAAAUAAUCUUUCUAGAUCAUUUUCCGAUGAAUCAAAUUUUCUGGAUAAAACAAAAGACAAAGAAUCUACCCAGAUACAUCACCCAGAAGAAGAUUAUAGCACGGCUGCAUUUGUGUCUGCUGUCUCUCUUCAUUCCAUGAAUUUACCAAUUGCAGAGAUGGGCAAUUCACAGUGCAGUGUUUUCUCAGCCACCCUGCCAGGGCCUGGAGACCCUGGUGCACCCCCGCUGCCCCCAGAGCUCCAGGAAGAGCAGCAAGAGCCAUGUACCAGUUCAAGUGACAAUUGCUUUUUGCCUUUAAGAUCACGUUCUGUUCAUCCACAGUGAGUGCAGUGACUUUCAUCUGUUCAUCCAAAUGGUACUGAAACUUUGUGGGAUGUCUCAUAAAGGCUAAAAAAUGUUUUCAAACUGUUAGGAAAAUUGGAGGAUAUAAUCUAUGCAAUUUCUGUUUUAAUUUUGUAAUUGUGUGAUGCUGGAGCUGCUUGACUUUUUUUGUUUUGUUUGUUUUGUUCUUUAGGGAGCUUUUUUCAAAAUAUUGUGGUGUUAUACCAACAAGUAUUUGGUUUUUAAACCAAUGUGUAUAAGAUUUCACAUUUAGUUGCGGAUACUUUAGCUGGGAUUAUAGAACAAAUGGGUUUUUUCUUUCUGCAGAAACUAACAAAUCAGCUUUUCUUAAUGUUUCUGUGAUGGGCGAACUGGGAAAGAUGGUUAGGAAAAGUACUGAGUAUGGAAAAAAUCUGAACUAAAACCUUAAGCUUACUUACCAAAAAGCUUAAACUCAUUUACCAAGUUAAAUAUUUCUCACUAAGACAAAUUCUGCUCUCCAUGUAUAUGUGUGCUGCUCCAUUUGCCAAAAAUGGCCAAGUCUGUGCUUGUUAGCAAGGAGUUUCCUCCUUGAGUGGACUUUGUCCUACUGGUACAUCAAAAGGCAUCAGUAUUGCCAAUACACUUCUGCAGGCCUCAGCGUAUUCUUCUUGUAUGUUAGUUAAAGAUUCCUGAUUUGAGAUGCACUUUAAAUAUAAAUUCUCUUUAGUACUGGAAAAGGAAUGUAAACUGCUCUAAUGGCAUUGUGAGGGCUGCAAGAAAACAUUACAGGAUGCUAUUAAGGAGCAAAGCUUGUAUGCUUUUGUCCCUCUAGGGAAGUGGAGGAGAAGCUGUGUGGCACAAAGUAUGACACCUGAAGGACUCUUGGAAAUAUGGCACUUCAAAUACCUCCUCUUCCAAGCAGACAGACAGGUUUACAUUUCCAAUUGUUUAGAGUCAAAUGCAUUUUAAACUGUUUCAACAUGGGAAGGUUCUCAUUUCUUGCCACAAUGUAACUUACUGUAUUCCUCUCAUACUGGAAUUGUAGCCUACCUUUUGUGCAGGUGCCUAUAAUAAUUUCAAAAUGACCUGGUGGAUUCUUAAUUUGACAUGUACAGCUGUGUUCUGCAGUACUACACCUUAAAGUGAUGGGAUGUUUUCAGUAUAUCAGAGGGUAGGUUUGUAUUAAAGGUCCUACAUUAUAUUGGCUCUCGUACUGUGUAUAGCCAUGGAAUGCCAUUCCAAUGCACACUGGGGUAAUAUUGCUAAACUCUUCUCCUUUUGUGGAGGCAGGCCACCUGCAGGACCUCAGUAUAGUCUCUAUAAAUAGUUUUUCUCUAUUAUUCUGGUUUUGGAAGUAGAUUAAAAUAAAAUGCCAUGUUCAACUACACUCCAUCCCGAGUAUAUGAACAUCUUACAUGUGAGAAAGAUGUGCUUAUAAAAAUCCUUGUUUUUCUUGUCUGCAUCUACCAUCAUAUACUGUCCAAACACUGGAACUGCUUCGAUUAAAUGGCAUUCUGGAAAUUAAGUGCCUGAAUAUGCAAGCCAAACUUUGUUCUUUAACAUGAAAUUAAGGAUAGGAUGAACUCCCUCUCUUCCAUUAACUUGAAUUGUAGUUGCAUGUACUUGGGACGUCUAGAAAGUGAUUUGUGUAAAUGCCCACUGUAAUCACUUAAAGAGCUGUGCUUAGGCUUGAGUCCCUUCCUGGGUUCUUGUAAAGAGAAGAGAGUGAGCAGGGCUGGCCUUAACAGAGAAAAUGCAGCAGCCCAGGGUGGAGGCUGCCUUGCUGCUCCCCAUCCUGCCCCGUGCAGUGUGCAGCCUGCAGGGACCACUCCCAGUGGAGCCGACAAACCUGAGACCUUGAGUGAAUGUAUUGUCUUUUCAAAUGUCUAUAAUGUGCGUUUUUAAAACAUAUUUUUAUCACAACUUUUGGAAUAAAUUCUUUUGUAUAA